AUGAAUACUAAAAUUCAAUUAGGUCUUAUUAUUAGUUGUGGUUUAAUAGGUGUACUUAUACUAAUUGGUAUUAUAGUUUUAUUAACAAAAUUUUUUAUGAGACGUUUUCGUAAAAAAGCUUGGGAUGAAAUAAAUGCAUUACCAAAACAAUCUGAUUCAUUAGAAAAUAAUAUAAAUUAUCGUAAAUUAAAUAAACGUAGAUCAACAGAACGUCAACCAUUAUAUCAAUCAGCAACAAAUAAUGCUAUGAAUAUAUCUGAUGGACAAAUAUCUAUUCCAAUUAAUGAGAAUAAUACAUCAUUGGAUUUACGUCAAUAUGAAAGUACAAAAGUACAUGAACAUACAAUUGUAGAAAUUCAACGUGAUCGUUUAAAUCAUAUUAAAGAAGAAGAACAACGUAUUAGACCUAUGAUAGGUACAACUGAUGGUGAAGAUAUUAUACAACGUACUAUUGAUGAAGUACAAAAAGAAUUUGAUGAAUCGUUAAGUACAGCUGCUAUCAAAAUGAAACAUCAUCAAGAUAACUAA